AAUACAUCGUUAUCACCUAACUACAAUUAGGGAGUAUAAUUUUCAGUGAUACAGGAUUAACAAUUCCGUUCAGCAUAGUCCUUAUUGGAGCAUAUUCAUUUAUUUUCUUCGCCCUUGUACGAUCACACCCGUGAACUUUGAACUUAAACAAACAUGGCGGCGCCCAGUGUAAUAACAAAACGAAAGUGGAUUGGUGAUUCUACACUGAUUUGGAUCUAAUUGUUAUCGUUUUUAUUUGGUAGAAGACCACUUACUAGGUUCCAGAUAUUUCCUAGAUUUUACUCGAACUUCUAAAUUUGUUACAAACAAUACAAAGUCAUUGCUGCAAGUGCAAUCAAAACAGGAACGACAUUGAACAUGACCGACGUCUGCAAGUCUGUCAAUAUUCCAGUACCACAUGUAAUUCAACAAACACAGUGGGAUUGUGGGUUAGCAUGUGCUCAAAUGGCUCUCAGGCAUCAUUUACAAGACUCCUAUUCAGUGGAACAGUUUACAGCCAUAUGUCAAGAUCUGGACUUUAAUGAAAGUGUAUGGACGAUUGAUAUAGCGCAUAUAAUGACCAAAUAUAAUAUCAAACACCACCUAUAUACACAGACCCUUGGAGUUGAUAGCAGAUACAAAAAACAGGAUUUUUACGAAGAUACAUUUGAUGAAGAUGAAAAACGAGUGAAUAAUUUGUUUUCUAAUGCAGAACAUUUAGGUAUAAAAGCGAUCAAAAGGUCAGUAACUCUACGUGAAAUACACCAACAUCUAAGUGAGAAUCAUAUUGCAAUUGUCCUAGUGAAUUCAGAUUUAUUGAAAUGUAAAAUCUGUAGAGAAGAACUUGAACUAAAUCAGGAGGGUUCCAGUUGGCAUUGGAUGUUUAGUUGCUGCACAUCCACAUCAUACGCCGGGCACUUUAUUGUUGUUUGCGGAUAUGACAAAACAGAGAAAACUAUUUUCUAUAAAAAUCCCUCAUCUUAUUCAGAACUGUGCAUUUGUUCCAGCAAAGAUUUUGAUAAAGCCAGAAAAAGUUACGGAACGGAUGAAGACAUUUUAUUUUUGUACAGUAAAUAA